CCGGCCAGCCAGACUCAGUGGCGUGACGACUGCUCGGCGUUCCAGAAGCGCUAUCAGUGGAGUGUGUUGCAGAGACAGUAGAGUUAAGACCUUGCUGCAGGCGUUAUGUCCCUGAGAGAUGACUUGGACUUGCCCGAUGGUGACGGGGUUGCUGUUGGCAUCGACCUGGGCACCACGUACUCGGUGGUGGGGGUGUGCCGAAGGAGAAAAGUGGAGAUUUUAGCCAACGACAACGGGAGCCGCACCACGCCGAGCAUCGUCGGCUUCCUGGACGGCCAGUCGUUCGUCGGCGAUGCGGCCAAGGACCUGCCCGCCGCCAACCAGGUGUUCGAUGCCAAGCGGCUCGUCGGCCGCCAGUGGAGCGACCGGAGCAUCCAGGAGGACAAGAGCGUGUGGCCCUUCGAGGUGGAGGAGCACGGCGGCGUGCCGAGGAUCAGGGUGAAGAUCGGCGAACGCAACGACACCUUCGCACCGGAGGAGAUCUCCGCCAUGGUGCUGCGCGACCUGAAGAAAACGGCCGAGGCCGCCCUGGGGCAGAGUGUGUCCAAGGCCGUGGUCACCGUGCCCGCCUACUUCAACGAGCGGCAACGCCAGGCCACCAAGGACGCUUGUAGGAUCGCCGGGCUGGAGGUGCUGGCCAUGAUCAACGAGCCCACGGCAGCCGCCAUCGCCUACGGCCUGGACAACAAAAAGGACGUUGGCCCGUCGAAGACCGUGUUCAUCUUCGACCUGGGCGGCGGGACCUUCGACGUGUCCGUGAUGAAGAUCAGCGGCAGCUCCUUCCAGGUCCUGGCCUCGGGCGGCGACACCCACCUGGGCGGCCAGGACUUCGACGUGCUUCUGCUCGAGCACUGCCUCGAGGACUUGAAGAAAACGUUGACUGCGGCCAAGAAGAAGACAUUGAUGCAGGACAAGCAGGCGAUGCAGGACCUCCGCCAGGCUUGCGAGCUCGUCAAGCGCAAGCUGUCCACCGUUCCGCAGGCGCCUCUUUCCGUCUUCCUCUCGCGGCUCAACAAGGGGUACCAGACGACCAUCUCGAGGUCUCUUUUCGAGAACGUUUGCUCCUCAUUAUUCUUGAAGACCAUCCAGGUCAGCGAGAAGGUGUUGACCGAUGCAAAGGUGACUCGAGGGGACAUCGACGAGGUGGUGCUGGUGGGCGGCUCCACCCGCAUCCCCAAGGUGCGCGCGCUGCUCCGGGACAUGUUCGGCGGCAAGGAGCUCCGCCAGUCCAUCAACCCGGACGAGGCGGUGGCGUACGGCGCGGCAGUGCACGCCGCCGUGCUCACCGGCGACAAGUUCUUCGACGGGAUGGUCAAGCUCCGCGAUGUGACGCCCCUCUCCCUGGGCGUAUUUUCGGUCGGCGGGAAAUUCAGCCGCGUCAUCAAGAGGAAUACGCCUAUCCCCUGCAAGAAUACACGGACGUACGUGACCUUUGAAGACAAUCAGCUGGAACUGGGUUCAAAGAUAUACCAAGGAGAGAGACCUCUAGUCAAGGACAACUAUUACCUGAACAAGGAAUACAGGAUAGCAGUUCCUCGCUUACCCGCGGGGCAGGCAAAGACCGAUGUAACUUUCGAGAUCGACGCGAGCGGUCUGCUGACGGUGACGUGCGUGGAGACCACCUCUGGGCGCCAGGUGCAGGUGCGAGUCACGCCGCAGGAGGCAUACCUCAGCGAGGACGACAUACAGGCAAUGAUCGAGAAGGCCAGACGCUUGAGACGCGAGGACCAGGACGCUCUGCGGGAGGUCAAUGAGGAUAUCCAGAGGAAACGCCAACGCCUGUCCUAGAUAUGUUUCUUUAGAACGAUAAUCUUAUUUUAUUCACAGAACUCUUUAUUUUUAAUUCUAUCUUGUAAGUUGGAUUUUUUUUAGUCGUGCUCUGUGGAGAUUUGUGAGUUCAUCUGUGUGACCCCACUUUAAUCUGUCUACUGCCUCAGAAUUCUUGUAAUUCUUGUAAUAAAGCACUCUGCGUUAUGGCCAUA